GAUCAGUGUAUACCAGAAAGACAUAAUAUCUGAGCCAUAAGAAAUUGGAACUGUCAACUACCUAAUCAUCAUACAUAAACCAAGCUUUUUUUUUUAUCAACACAUAAUCUUUCACACUACCACACACACCAAAACAAACCAUGUCUUCUUUCUUCAAAUUCAAAUUUAACAACUUUCUAGAGAUUGCCAAGAGUCCUGAGGUUUUUGAUUGGAUGGUCAGUAUCAGAAGGAAGAUUCAUGAGAAUCCUGAAUUGAGUUUUGAAGAAUUUGAGACAAGUGAAUUGAUAAGAUCAGAAUUGGAUAAAAUGGGUAUACCUUAUAAACAUCCGGUUGCAAUCACUGGUGUCAUUGGUUCCAUAGGAACUGGUUUGCCUCCUUUUGUUGCUUUAAGAGCUGAUAUGGAUGCUCUUCCCAUUCAGGAAAUGGUGGAGUGGGAGCAUAAGAGUAAAGUGGCUGGAAAAAUGCAUGCUUGUGGUCAUGAUGCUCAUGUUACCAUGCUACUCGGUGCUGCAAAGAUUCUUAAAAAGCAUGAAAAAGAGAUACAAGGAACUGUUGUUCUUGUUUUCCAACCAGCAGAGGAAGGAAGUGGAGGAGCAAAGAAAAUUCUUGAAUCUGGAGUAUUAGAAAAUGUUACUGCUAUCUUUGGACUGCACGUUGCUCCUGACUUACCAAUAGGGGAAGUGGCCUCUAAGUCUGGUCCAAUAUUGGCAGGAAGUGGCAGAUUUGAAGCAAAAAUAAGUGGAAAAGGAGGUCAUGCUGCUAGUCCUCACGAGGCUAUAGAUCCCAUAUUGGCAGCUUCUAGCGUGAUCAUUAGCCUACAGUACCUUGUUUCUCGUGAAGCUGAUCCUUUAGACUCACAGGUUGUGACAGUUGCAAAGUUCCAAGGAGGUAGUGCAUUCAAUGUCAUUCCAGAUUAUGUUACAAUUGGUGGCACCUACCGAGCUUUUUCUAAUCAAAGCUUCAUCCAUCUGAGACAGCGGAUUGAACAGAUUAUUGUCGGACAAGCUGCUGUGCAUAGAUGCAAUGCAACUGUGGAUUUUCUUGAUGAAGAGAAACCUAGCUAUCCUCCAACCGUAAACGAUAGUACCUUGCAUGAGCAUUUUGUGAAUGUUGCAGUGAAUAUGCUUGGUAUCGAUAAAGUUGAUAGUGCCAUGACACCAGCCAUGGCAGCUGAAGAUUUUGCAUUCUAUCAAGAGGUCAUUCCUGGUUACUUCUUCAUGCUUGGAAUGCAAAAUGCCCCACCUAACCCGUCUGAGUCAUCUUUACAUUCAGCUUAUCUGAAAAUCAAUGAAGAUGGAUUUCCUUAUGGAGCUGCACUUCAUGCAUCAUUAGCUUUUAGUUAUCUUCUAAAACAUCGGCAAAAUAUGCCUCGUGCUGCCGACGUUAAAUAUCUUGAUGAAAUAUAAAUGUUAGAUUUGUUCUCCUCAAA